AUGAUAAUAUCAUACACAAGUGUGAUAUUUAAAAGAUGGCAUCCAAAAAAUGAUAAAAUAAUUUUAAAAAAAUUGAUAAACAAUGGGAAAAUAUUGCAUCAGCAUGCUUUCAAAAGAGGGUUUAGUAACAUAAGGAAUCAUGGUGAUAUUGAAGAACAAAAAAAAUGUAUGAUGAAUAUAAAUGAUAAUGGAAAGAUAACAGAAUACAUUCAAAAUGAGUAUGGCAUUAGUUCAAAUUUAAUUGAUUUGAAUAUAACAAGAUGUAGUGAUAAAAACAACAUAUAUGAAUUAAGUAAUAUAUGGAAUAAGGUUUUUAAAUGUGAAAAAAGUUUAUAUGACAUAAUAAACAAAUAUAUAAAAACAAACAAAAUGGAUUAUUACUUACACAUUUGUUUGGAAUCAGAAAAAGGAAAUGAUACAAAUGGGAAAUCAGUUAGUAAAGCUGAUAAUACAGAUAAUGCCAUAAAAUAUAACAAAGAGAAUAAUUGCAACAUAAGUAGCAUUGAUAAACCAAUGCAUGAUAUUGAAAAUGAAAUAAAAAAUGUAUUAGUAUAUAUCAUGGCGAUGUUUUAUAAAAAAAUAGUUGACUUUCAUGUUAUAUCUUUAUUAAGUGAAAAGUUAAUUAUAUUAUUGAAAAAAUUAAAAAAAAAUUAUGAUAAUAAAAAUUUAAUUUUUACAAUUUUUGAUGUGUAUAAUCAUGUAAAAGUUAUGAAUGAUGAACUAUUUUUGAUUUUAUUCGAUAUAUUAAAUAAUUGUUAUGAAACAAAUCCUAAGGGAAAUAAGCUUAUAGAUGAUAACAAAGAAAUGGUGCUUAUUUUAAAAACUUUAUAUAAUCAAAAAUAUAAAAACCAUAAUAUAGUUGAUAAAAUUAUAGAAUCUGUUAAAAAAAAAAAUAAUUUAGAUAAAGACCUUUUGGUUAAUUCGUUGUUUUAUCUGGCCUUGUUGUCUAAAAUGGAUUAUUUGUUAUUGAACAAGAUGAAUGAUGAGUUAUAUGAAGUUCUAAAUGUGGGAGAAAUUGAUGAAAAUAAUAUGUGCAGUGAUCAAAAUAUAGAAAAAAUACCACCGGAAGUAAAAAUAAAAUUGGAUUUAACUAGUGUAGAUUGCACGAAACUUAUAUAUUCUUAUUUUAUUCUUGGGGAAGAUUAUAUAAACUGGUUUGUUAUUUAUAAACUGCUUUUAAAGCUUUGUGACGAUUUAAAAAAUGAGGGUGACAUAAAUUUAUUACUAAACAGAGCAAAAGAAUAUAAAAAUAUGCACGCAGAUAUAUGUAUAAUAAGGAGCUAUUUAAGAUAUAAAAAAAGAAAUUUUUAUGAUAGUUUACCGAAAUAUGUAAAAAAAAUAUUAAAAAAUAUAUACAUUUUAGAUGUUGGAGAAAAAAAAGUAAAGGAAAGAAAAUUUAAUGAAAAAGUAUCAUGGCAUUUAAAAAAACUUCGAAUUCCACAUAUUAAAAAUGUAUAUAAAAGCGGAAUAAUAUUCGACAUAUUAGAAAAGGAUAAGAGACUUGUAUGGUUGUGUUUUUCUUAUCAUCAUUAUUAUGUUAAAACAAUUGAUUUAACUUCAGAAAAGUUAUUACAGUUAGAUAUUAUUAAGUCUAUGAAUUAUAAAAUAGCUAAAAUGCAUUAUUAUCAAUUUUCAAGAAUGAAAGCAAGAAGAACACGAUUUGAAUAUAUACGUAUGAAUAGGUAUUAUUCUCUAAGAGAUCGAAGAAAUUUUGAUGAUCAAUUUGAAGGGUGGAGUCUCCCUUAUAUUAAUUGGUAUCAUAAAAAAAACAAAAAUGUGCAUAUAUCAAAUUAUUUUUAUAACUAUACACCUGUAUCGGAGAUGCAAUAUUAA